CACAAUAGCUAUAUUAUAGUAGUUUAAGCGGUGUAUAAACUUACUAGGCAUUAUAUUUUCACUACCUGUUCACAUUGGUUUAGAGACAUUUCUAAUUUUUAUUUUUCAUACAUAUUUUUCAACUACACAAAAAAUGUUUGGAAACACAUUUUUUUUUAUACUCUUAUUCACCGCGUCCAAUGGGUUUUUACUGGACGACAAAUCGAAAUUGCAUUGCAUUUUCUCCAAAUACAUGCUCAACUAUUUUGAAAUCAACGAAAGUCUUUUCGGAGCAUGUCUACAACACGACGACCAAACCGAAUACGACCAUUCUGGUUUGAAAUAUUGUGCGGAAAAUAUGCAAAAACAAGGCGUCAUUGUGAUGGCCAUGCUGGACGAGCUGAGAAAUCAGAGCUAUUCAAAGUUUCCCGCCGAUCUGAUAAUGGUAAAUCUGUUUACGAACAACAUAACCGGAAGUGUUAUACCGUACUCGAUAGACCCGGACCGAAAAGGAGCAGAGUUAGAGGACGACGACACCCGUAUAAAACGCGGGUUAUGCAACGCUUACAAAAUGAUCACCGGCGAAUUAAGAUCGUUUCUGCGCAAUGUAUGUGAACUAACGGUGUGUUAUAAGAAAAUAGACUUACAAUUCCAAAAACUAAAAUUCUCGCCGAUAAGUAUAUUACAAGUAAAGCAAAGCCGUGAUCCGAAAACGAUGUACGAUUACUUACAAAACAUGGUAUUGGAGGCCGAAGAGGUUUUUAGGAUAAAUAGUAUAAUAAAAUCCUACAAGCAUUUCCAUCCCAGUAACAUGAUAGUUUUUAAAUUGAUGAAUCGUUCCAAGACCCACAACGGUGUUUCCCAACAACCCAUCUACGGACUGGACCCGAUGCGAUACGUCAGAAUCAAUACGAGCCAAGACAAUGUUUUUGUCGUCGACUUAUUCGAAAGAAUCAAAUCGUGUUUCAACGGAUAUUUUCUCAAGUCGUAUCAACAGCAGGUUAUGGCGGCUUCGAUUUACCCGGUGUUUUCGUGCACAAGUACUUAUAUACGCAUGUUCAAACAAUUGCACUUGACAAACAACGGUCACAACAAUGAAACUGUAAUAAAAAACCUUGGUGAUCAAAUAUACGAAAUGUACGGAUCAAUCAUACACAAAUCGUUUCUACCGUUUAUAGCCGCCAAAUACGUAUACGACAUCCGCCGGAAAUUGCAGCACGUUUCCACGUUCUAUAAAAAAAAACCAUAUUUUUUGAAUGUCAAGUGGAUAAACGAUUUUUUGACGCUGUUAUCGAAACCCAUGGUGUUGAACAGAUUUGUUUAUAAUUCCACAAACGAGAUUCUCGACAAGAUCACCGAAGAAGAAUGUAACGUCUUAAUUGAAAACGUCACAGAGGAAGUAGAAAUAGCAAAAAAAUAUACCGAAGCUUUGGUGGAAAACAUAAAUCCUCUGCGUAUCCUUAUGAAGUCUGUAAAUCACAACGAUAUGUUCCAAGAGCAACCUUUAGAUAUAUUUAACAUGUUGACCGAAGGAACCAUUUACUAUAAUAGUUUCGUGCUUGCUGGAGAAAAUUCUAACAGACCAACUCGCUGUGCAUCCGGUAUGGGAACGGACAGAUCUAUUGGCAUUGCUAGUGCUUUGACAUUCGACGAAACGACGGUAAAGAAAACAACAUCAACUGUACAGAGAAACGGAAAAAUUGGCGGUAGUCCAAACGGUAGUAAAUUUCAAAAAAGUCAAAGUAUGAAAUUACCAGAAAAAAACAAAAACGGUACUAGUGCUGGUAAUCAAAAAAAAAGAGUUACAUUACAAGAGUUAUUUGCCUUAAGUCCCAUACACUGUUAUCCGACAUGUAAAGGUAAACCUGCAGUUAUAAUGGACGAACCCGGCGAUGAAGUAAAGGUAACAAUCCCAGCGAGCCAAUUAAAAUGCAGUCACGAACAGAUUGUAAAUGAUAUCCAAAAAGAAGAAGGAACAGGUGCAAAAGACCACGAACCUUCAGUUUUAUUAGAAGCCAUUGAAACUAAAACGGGUGAUGGGGUACAAGAGGUACCAGCCACAGUAAAACAAUUAAGAGACAGUUUCGAACAGAAUAUAAACGAUAGAUUAGCAUUUAUCGAGAAAAAUAAAUACUUAGGAAAACAUAAGAGCGAGAUGGUAGAAUCGAGGGAAAAACUUACCGCACAAAAAAAAAGUGAUGCCGACCGUACUCGUAAAACUACAGAAACAUAUGUUGAAGAGUCUAAUGAUAGCGAGCGUCGGGGUAGAAGAAAAUCUAUUGAUUGGGAAAACCUACCACGUCGGCUUCCUAGUACCGAUUCUGAUAAAAUGUCUACAAACGAAGAAAAACUAAAAAAAUCCAUGGAGUUAUAUAGAAAUCGAAAACUCCAGUCAUCAAAAACUAUUAGUUCCGAAUGCCUUUCCACGAUGCCCGCCAAGAAAGACAACAAUCGUGGGGUUUCAAACGUAAAAAGUAUCCAACGGCUACAAAAACAACAAUCGGAAAUUUUUGAUAGGCCCCGCAGAUCAGACUUACCUGAGUAUAAUAAAACACUUGAAUGGGACACUGACGGAUGUGAUCGUUACGAUGAAAAUGCAUCCCAUGAUAGACAAAAUAAUUUACUCAGUACACUUAAAAAACCGGUUAUUAGGAAACACGCUGGAGACUCGACUUCGUUGCAUUGUCUUUUCUCGGAAUACAUAUUAACGUACUUGCAACUUAACGAAAAAUAUUUCAUUUUAAAGUACGGUCAAAGUGAUGUUGUAACAUACACCACGUAUAAUCUUAGUAUUUACGAAUCCAAUCUCGGAUCUAUGGCGGUAUACAUUUUGGCCAUGUUAGACGAGCUGCGAAAAUAUGAGAAAAACAUGUUCGCGUUUGAUUUGAUAACGGCCAAUUUAUAUCUGAACAACCUUACCGGUGACCUGGGUAUUUUUUCAACUGAAAUCACAACAACGCAAUCGAAUAGCGUGGAGUUCCGGAGAGAAGGGUUUGUCGCCAACUACCGAAUGAUGACGGAACAGUUUCUUAAUUUUACAGAAUCAAAUUGUCUUCAGUACUCGACGGAUGAGCUAGAAACCCGUUUUGGUGAUCUCCACAGAGCAGUCAGACGAAUGGAUAAAAUGAAGGCGGUUACCGUUCCGCAAAAGCUAAUGCCCGAAUUGCACAUGUUGAGAGUUCAAGCAUUCAAUUCGCUGAAACCGACCAUAGACGAGAACCGUCUCGACGAUUACCAACCGGCCAACAUGCUGUUCUUCGACUUGAUGUCGGGCUAUGUGAAACGAGACCAUUCGGCAAAAGCACUGUUUCCUACAAGACCCAGGACACUCGUCGACAUGGUCAGAAACAGGCAGGGUGGCGGCGAUUCUGCCAAGUUCGACGACGGUUUGCAAGCAAUCAGAGAAGUGGUUGUGAACACCAGCCGUAGAGGUGGAUCCAACAACAGUAUUAUCGAUGCGUUCUAUUGUGUGUCGUUGAAUUUCGACGCAAACUACGUCAGAUCUUUCCAACAACAAGUGUUGGCUGCUACGGUUCAUCCGGUUUUCAAUUCCAUCGCCAAGUAUACAAUCGCAUUCAAACAAGUACUGUUAUUAUACAAAUACAAGGCGAAAUACGUCCAGGAAAUUACUAAAAUCGGGUCCACCUUGUUGAACGCGUUUGAAAAAUUUAUACACUUAAAUCUGUUCUCGGCUAAAGUGACUAAAUAUCUGACGAAACUAUUGGACCGAUUGAAAACUGUUAUAAACAGCCAAACGAAAAAAUCGAUCAUGAACGAUCAACCAGAGUUGCUAGCUGAUAUUUUGGAACUAUGCACAAAGCCCAUGCGGUUAAAUUUGCUCGAGUUCAAUCACAACGCCAACGUCGUAAGCCUCAUCACGCUAGAAAAAUACAACGACUUAAUCAGAGAUACGCAAAAGGAUAUUGUAACCACGAGAGCCUAUGUAGAAGCAUUGUCGACGCAUAGAAGUGUAUUUGAUGUCGUUAAAAGAUCAGUUUCUCACGACGAUAUAUUCGAGAAAGAACCCCUAGACGUGUUUCAGGCCUGUGAUUCAGUUUAUGACAGAAGCAUCAGAUAACCAAAAAUGACCAUGGACAUUCUUCGAUAGUUAAGUUCCAAUCAAAGUCAGCAAUUAAAUCAAUUUGUUUGAAAAAUUAAUACACGAUAUAUAUUUAUAAUUAAUACAACUUACAUAAAAUAAACUAAUUAUUUUUAAUUAUUAAUAGCACUACAUAUAAUUGUAUUUAAAAUCCAAUUUUUAGUUAUAAUUAGCUUAUAUUUAUUUUACAACAUUUAAUGUUAAACUUUAAUGAUGAUAAUAUAAUUAAAAUUCCAUUUUAAUGAUUUGUUGAUCCGAGUAAAUUAUACCUUCUACUUACAACGUUGGAUUGUAAUUAGUUUUACUAUAUUAUUUAUAGAACACUAACACAUUAUUUAAAAAUACCGUAACUUCAAACGCAAAAG